ACCUUGAUACACAAUCAAAUUUGUUAUCUCGAACUUGAUUGGACCGAGAAAAUAUUCAAGACAUCCAAGGAUUCGAGAUAUCAAGAGAAAAAUACUUCAAUAAUAGGCAGUCAGGAGCAUAAUGCGAGAGAUGCAUGGACCUUGAUAUGAAUGUCCCUGUUUGGUGGAGAUCUCAACAUAGCUGUUUUAUUCUAUGUUUCCAUGAAUUGAUGCCAAAUAAUUUGUAAUAAACACUUGCAAUAACUGGCAUUGCUAAACAGUGACUCUGCUUGUGUAUAUUCACGAAAAUAACCAUAGCAUAUAAUGAUAUUGAUCAGAGAAUUCCAAAAACCAGAAACAAAUUGUUCUACAUGCAGACUACUAGAUUAUAAAAACACAAUACUGUGACAAGAGUAUAUAAAGAAAGAUUCAGACAAUUAUAUCUAAGAAUUCUAUAAAUAGAAACACCCGCAUUGUGAAAAUUCCCAGUUAAAUUGAUAUAUGCCUGCUAGAGUUUCAUGGGAUGACUGCAUGACCGCCAAGAAAUAAGGAAUAGAAUUUUUAUAGUGUCUUUUUAAAAUGUUAUCAUCAUAACCCCUUGAAGUGUGACAGGGUUUUGGACAUCUUGGAUUUUACACAAUAUUUGAACAUCUUCCGCUACAUGUCUGGACCGUGCAGGCUGUGACCCCGGUACCUGUAUAUAGUGUGUGAGAGUGUGUGUGUGAAACGAUACCCAAAUUGGAAAUGGAUUAUUAUCAAGUCCUCAGCAUCAAGCGAGAUGCAUCAGAGGUGGACAUCAAAAAAGCUUACAGAAAGCUUGCCUUGAAAUGGCACCCAGACAAAAAUCCUGAUCAGAAGGAGGAAGCAGAGAGGAAGUUCAAGGAGAUCUCAGAGGCUUACGAAGUUUUAUCCGACAAGGAAAAGCGAGAAAUCUAUGACAAAUACGGCAAGGAUGGUUUGACAGGUGAAGGAGGGGGUGGCUACAAUGAUUUCAACAUGGGCGGCGGUUUCACCGGGUUCCACCCAUUCCAUUUCAGAAACCCGGACGAUGUGUUUAAAGAGUUUUUCGGAGGAAGAGAUCCUUUUGCUUCUUUCUUUGGUCGAGACAAUCCCAAUAACUUCCAAGACUCUUUUCCAGGCUUUACACGACCCCCCAUGAACGUUUUCGGAUCUGACAUUUUCGGAGAUUCUGGCAGCCGGCGCCGCAUGCAGCGAAGAAGGGAGAGAAAUGAUGGCCCUUCUUAUUCCCGUCGGUCGAGGGACAUUGUAGAGCGAAGUCUCCACCAGCCUCUCGGCCAUUCACCUUUCCUUCAAUACGGGAUCCCUAUGGGGUUUGGCUUCACAUCCUCUCUAUUUGACGACCAUUUUGGAAUGCAUCGAACAUCUGGGUUUACCAAUUUCUCCAGUACAUCCUUCAGUGGUCCUAGAGGUGGGGGAAACUUCAGGUCCACUUCAACAUCUACAAAAUAUGUCAACGGCAAAAAGGUCAUAACCAAAAAGGUGGUGGAAAAUGGAAAAGAAACAGUUACUGUAACAGAGGAUGGGAAGGUAGUGAGCCACCUUGUAAACGGUGAAGAGAAACAGGCGAUUAAAAACUGACCGUGGGGACCAGCCAAUCAGAAAGCGCAUCUGUGUUAUUUACAGUAACGAUAUGUACUACCCUUCUAUCCCAUGUAUUACCAUGUCUAGAGCUUAUUUACUAUGUAAGUAGGUCACAAUGCCGUCUCUGAAUCUUUAUAUUAUUGUCACACAUUUCAAACUGUCGGUCAAAAUAUUUACCGUAAAACUUGCGUGUUUAGUCGUAUUAUUUAUUGUUUGAAUGUACAAGGCUGUGUACUGCACUUCUGUAAUUAUAGUAUUGUAUAAACUGUACUAUCUGCAAACAAAAAGCAUCUGUAAAAACAUAUAAUUGCUGCAUACAUGUAUAUUGUAUAUCAAUGGGGUUUUAUUGUAUGUUGGUUAUGGUAAAAUCAAGGUUAUGCUUAUGCAAAUGUGCUAGGAUAGUGUGAAAUGUAAAAUAUGGAAGUGUUGUAGGAUAGGGUGAAAUCAAGGUUACAAGGACAUUUAUGGAAGUCUGCUAAGAGAAGGAAAAAUCAAGGUUAUGGAUAUGCUUUCAGUGUUUCUUUUGAUGUGGGAAACAGAUUUUAUUUGUAAAUGUGUAUUGAGGGCUUACCAUGGACAAACCUGAUAUUAUUUUCUGUCCUUAAAAGCCAUGCACGUAACAUGCACAUUUAAAAGAUUACCUAGAUAAUGUUUCCUAGGAUGAUGGUGAAUCUAUGCCUGUAUAACCGACAUGUAUGGCCAUGGUGGUCAUUAAAUAAGAUGUGAACAUAUCCGGGAACGAUAUCACCCUAGGAGAGAUCUUGAUUAAAUCCACUUCUACAUUCAGUGGUAAUUAUACAAUUAUGUUGGAGUGUAAUUUAAAAUGCAGUUUGUGUCCCUUCAUUCAGCAUUAAGUCGUGCCAUAGUGCAGAAUCCUGUCGUCCACUACAGUGUGUGUUAUGCAUUUUUUCGAUGAUGUAGGGAACUUCUGUAAUGAUGCUCUGUAAUUAGGAAGAUCUCGUGUGUAGACGACAUUUUUAUUUCAGGCGGCUUAUUUUCGUUAUCUAUCAACGUGGAAAAUUACAUCUUAACAUCAUGCAUCACAAUUUAGUUUCUAUAAAUAUGUUCUACUGGUGUUUAUUUGUCUCAAAAGAUCCUGGAUAGUUUUCAAUUGGUAUAUUAUUUAUGUGUAUAGCUUCAGUUCAAACUCUUCUCCGAUACUGGUGUCUGUGGGAGAUUCUGUCCGGGUCUUUUUGUGGAUGAUUUUAUCUCUCUUCGUUGUGAUGUGUAAAUAAUAAGGGCCAUGUCUCUUUGUUCUCUUCAUUUCUCAAUCACGUUGUGUAAUAUACAUGUCUUCUUUUACAUGAAUGUUAAAUGACUGUCUAUAUGUUUCAUUGUUAUGUCAUUUUACUAUGUUUGGCCAAAUAGCAAAAUAAAUGAGCUAUAUUUUU